AUGCAAACCCUUUACAAUGCGCUAAUCCGCACCCACCACAUAACCUCGCGCAAGAAAGUAGCUGCCCUCAAACGUGCCGCAGACGCACACCAAUGUGCCGUACUCUUGCGUUCCGGUGGGUGUCCGGGGAUCAUGUACGUGGAGGGCGGGAAGGAUCCAGUGGAAAGCUGGGUGGAUGUUGUACGUCGGCUGCGAUAUAAAGAGUUUCAGUUGGUCACAAGGCCCGGACUUGUGGAGGAGGAGGGUGCAUGUGGAAAACAGGGGACUGGUGACGGGAAUGGGAAUGGGGAGGGGAAAGAUGAGAAAGAGAUGGGCUUCGCAGUGGGAUUAAACGAGGUGAAUACUGUCAAGGAGUUUGGAAGCUUGAUGGCGAAGAGGAGGGUUUGGACUUGGUGGAGGAGGGGGAUGGGGUAUACUUGA